CCCUCACCUCCCUCCUCAAGAAGCUGUAUAAAUCCAGGAGUCCUGUGAAGACCCUCAGCCUGGGACGUGAGCACUACAGUGAAUACAUCCAGAUCACACACAAAAAGUGUGGCUAAAGUUUAUCUCUUUUUUUGAGUCUGAGUGAUUAUGAUGCUGAACACAGUAAUCUUCGGCUGGUUUUUGGUGAAUGUUGUGGUGAUGGCAUCUCAUCCACACCUGAGACGCAGAGAAAACUCAUUCAUUCUGACAUCUGACACAGACUCACUGCCUGAAAUGGAGCACCUUGAAAUAAACUCAGCAGAAGAAAAGAUACUAGAAGACCUUGAAGCCUAUGAUGAGGAUCUGGGCAAAGCUGUCCACCUGCAGAGAAGAGGCACACGCUCCCCGAGCCGCUGUAUCCCUCAUCAACAGUCCUGUCUGGGUCAUCAUCUGCCCUGCUGCAACCCCUGCGACACCUGCUACUGCCGCUUCUUUAAGGCCUUCUGUUACUGCCGCAGCAUGGACAACACCUGCAAAAACGAAUAUGCAUAGAGACAAGUUCUGCCUUCAGAUAGCAAAUGGUAGCAUUAUAUUUACAGUUUUAAGAGCUACUGAAUGUAUUUGUGGACAGUGCAAUCAUAAACUCGCACAGAGAAUCCACAGAGAAGUUUUUUGUUAUAAUAGAGAAGCACAAAGCAUAGAGUGCACCAUUGGCUGCGGUUUUAAGGUGUAAUUUAAUUGCAAUAUUAUUUACUCAAAUGUUGUCUUAAAUAUUUUGUAUAUAUGCAUUCAAUAAACUCUGAUUAUUGCAAUUGUGUAGAGUAUUAACUGAAAGAGCUAUAAAUGAUGACAACAUGCAGACACAUUGGAUUGUGAGAAAUGUGCCUUAAAUGCAAUUAAAUUAUUAUUAAGGGAAUAUAUUAUUAGGCAAAAUAAAAUAA